GAGACGCCGAAAUUCGGCACGGAGGUGCGCCUCGGCCUCCACGAGAUGUGCUACCUCGCCGCCCGGGACCGCCUGAUCGUCCGCGAGACGAGCGACGGCGACGCGCUGGACACCGCGGAGAUCCGGCGCCGCUGCGGCGCGUGGGCGCCCCUCGGCGACGUCCGCUUCGACGCCACGCUCGCCGUCUACGCGCACUUCCGCGACAAGAAGUGGAUCGUCAAGGACGGCCUCCAGUUCGGCGCGGACUUCGUGCUCUACCGCCGGUCGCCCGACGUCUUCCACGCCGAGUACUGCGUCGUCGUCGCGGAGCGCGACGAGAUCGUGCCGUGGCGGCGCUGCAAGGCGAACGCGCGGCUCUCGUCCGACGUGCGCAAG